GUAUAAAAGAACAGAAUCGCGCUGUGUUAGCAGUUCGAGGCACAGAAAAGAGAUAUUCUGUACUGGAGAAGUGGUGCUAGAGAAGGUUUGGGCUGAGAACGCUGUGAUCCUGUUCCAAGAUGAAGGCCGUGUUGCUGUUUUGUGUCCUUCUUGGACUCGUCAUUUCAAUCAACGGUGCAACUGUCGAGGAAAACACCUACGAGGUGGCGGAGAUGAGUGUUCCGGAAGAGGUUGAUGUAGAGGAAGAUUCUGCAAGUGAAGAUAUGGAAGACCCAGAAGCUGAAGAGCUCUCUGAAGACGAGGAAAGUGAUGCUACAGAACCGGAAGAGGAAAAUGAUGCUGCAGAACCGGAAGAGGACAAUGAAUUAUCUGAAGACAAUUCUGAGCAAACAGCAAAAGACGGCUCUGUUUCAGAUCCUGCAUGGCACAAACGACCCUUGCACAAACGAUCCUUGCGCAAACGACCCUUGCACAAACGACCCUUGCACAAACGACUCUUGCGCAAACGACCCUUGCACAAACGAUCCUUGCGCAAACGAUCCUGAAGCAGACGUUGGACCAAGAAGCAAAGAACUGGUUAAGAUACUUAUUUGCUCGCUUAUUUUGUUUUGCAUCUUUAAUUUUUGCACAUUUGAAGCUGUUGAUCAAAGUCAAUAGAGAAAGA